AUGCCUCAUUUUACAGAGCAAGAGGAGGCGGAGCUUACAGAGGAUGUGGAGGGCGAGCAGUCCGAGGAAGAGGCCUGGGUCAGCCAGAUGCCACGAUGGUACCACAGCCUGGGUCAGCCAGAUGCCACGAUGGUACCACAGCCUGGGUCAGCCAGAUGCCACGAUGGUACCACAGCCUGGGUCAGCCAGAUGCCACGAUGGUACCACAGCCUGGGUCAGCCAGAUGCCACGAUGGUACCACAGCCUGGGUCAGCCAGAUGCCACGAUGGUACCACAGCCUGGGUCAGCCAGAUGCCACGAUGGUACCACAUCCUGGGUCAGCCAGAUGCCAUGAUGGUACCACAGCCUGGGUCAGCCAGAUGCCACGAUGCCUGGGUCAGCCAGAUGCCACGAUGGUACCACAGCCUGGGUCAGCCAGAUGCCACGAUGGUACCACAGCCUGGGUCAGCCAGAUGCCACGAUGGUACCACAGCCUGGGUCAGCCAGAUGCCACGAUGGUACCACAGCCUGGGUCAGCCAGAUGCCACGAUGGUACCACAGCCUGGGUCAGCCAGAUGCCACGAUGGUACCACAUCCUGGGUCAGCCAGAUGCCACGAUGGUACCACAGCCUGGAUGACGACGACAACACAAAGGAGGGACCUCCUGGUGUCCACCAGACCGCAGGCGGGGCUUCAGGUCUCAGACCUCAGGCCUCGUCCACGAUCCACGUCAGCGGUGAGUCAGAACCCAGACCUCAAGCCUCAUCCAUGGUCCACAUCAGCGGUUCUCAGGACUCCGAGACGGGGGAACAAUCUGAUGGAGCGACCAGCGGCUCUGCAGGUUGGGAUGCACAACUCAAAGGUAACGGACAGAAGCCGUUGAAUGGAAGGGGAGGAGCCGAGGGACAAACAGGAACCAUCCAGACGCCCGUUCUCCACUUCUUGCACCAGCUGCUGGGUGGAGCCAACACAAAGACUUCACUUGCUGACAAUGCAGGAAGUUUGAUGGACUCUGACGUCAUCGGCCAAUGGAAAGGAGACCCCACCUCUGACCAAUCACCAUCGAGUCCCGACUCAGAACGCGCUCACUCCACUGCCCAGGAGGACCUACCAUGGUCGUCAUUACCAGGGGACCAAGCAGGCGCAGACUGGCUUCAUGCUAACGGAAAUGGCCGACAGACCCAGCUGAGGGAAAGCCAAGGAGUGACCCUCGGAGAGCUUCACACUCACAGCCUCCCGCUGGCUGCAGCAGCAGGCACCAUCCAGUCCACAAGCCGCUUCCCCGUUGACCGUAUCGUUACAGGAUCAUCACCUGUGGUGGAGCUAACCCAACCGGCAGAUGUCGGCCCCGCCCACACUCUGCACUCAGGAACGCAGACAUGGCAAACUGAUAUGGUUACCGUGGCGACGGCCUCAGUCUUUUCAGAGGCAACGGGAACUCCGCUGGACUCCAGUGCUCCACAGGUGACCCAGGACUUCCACAAGGCUGGUGCUCCACAGGUGACCCAGGACUUCCACAAGGCUGGUGCUCCACAGGUGACCCAGGACUUCCACAAGGCUGGUGCUCCACAGGUGACCCAGGACUUCCACAAGGCUGGUGCUCCACAGGUGACCCAGGACUUCCACAAGGCUGGUUCCGCCACUGAACAGUACAACCCAUCGGGUCAGGGUCCUGAAGCUGCAGAGAACAUGGACCUGGAGGACACCUGCUGAAGUCCACCUCAAGCCCCGACUUUGGUUCUUACGCCGGCAGUUUGAGUGCACGGACCCAUGGGCACGAUCACACCUGUACCACUAGCCUUCAGGCCCCGCCCAGGGGGUCCUGGCCUUUUGUUGUGAAAGAUUUCAGAUUAGCUGAACUUGGAAAAAGUCUUUUAAUGAAUCUGCAAUAAAUGUUUUUGUCU